AUGGAGAAAGGAAAUCACACUACAGUGACUAGGUUCAUCCUUCUGGGAUUCACAACAAACCCCCAAAUCCAACUGGUCCUGUUUGUGGUUUUUCUACUAAUAUAUAUAAGCAGCCUGGCUGGGAACAUCACACUAAUUGUAGUCAUCUGCAGCAGCUCUCGUCUCCAUACGCCAAUGUAUUUCUUUAUUGGGAACCUGUCCUUCCUGGACCUCUGGUAUUCCUCUGUCUAUACCCCUAAGAUCCUGGUGAACUGUAUCUCUGAAGACAAGAGCAUUUCCUUCGGAGGUUGCGCUGUGCAGUUCUUCUUCUCUGCUGGCCUUGCAUAUAGUGAAUGCUACCUCCUUGCCGCCAUGGCCUAUGACCGUUAUGUGGCCAUUGCCAACCCAUUGCUGUAUGCCAUAGCCAUGUCCAGAAAGCUGUGCACAGGGCUGGUUGGCAUCUCGUACCUAAGCGGUUUUGUGAAUGCCACAAUCAUCACUGGCAAAACCUUCACAUUGAGCUUCUGUGAUGGCAAUGUCAUUGAUGACUUCUUCUGUGACCUCCCUCCCUUGGUGAAACUGUCCUGUGAUGUACCAGGGAGCUAUCAGUCUGUGUUGUACUUCAUCCUAGCCUCCAAUGUAAUUACCCCAUCCACCCUUAUCCUUGCCUCCUAUGCCUCCAUCCUGGCAGCCAUCUUGAGGAUUCAUUCUGCUGAAGGGAGACUGAAAGCCUUUUCCACCUGUGCCUCUCACCUGACCGCUGUCACUUUGUACUAUGGCUCCAUCCUCUUCAUCUACUCACGCCCCAGUUCCAGCUAUGCCUUGGAGAGGGACAAAGUUGUGUCUGUCUUCUAUACAGUAGUCAUUCCUAUGCUGAAUCCCCUUAUUUACAGUCUGAGGAACAAGGAGGUAAAGGAAGCACUGAAGAAACUGACCAUGAAAUGGAGGGCAGAAUAA